UUAUGUGAUGAAAAUAGUGUCAGGGACAAAUUGACUAAAUGAUAUAAGUAUAAAACUUUGGCACUGUGGUAGAGUAUAACUCCAUUACGGAUAAGAUUUUAUUUUGAUAAACCACACAGUGCUGUACAGUUAUAUUAACUGAUAACUGUACAACUGUGUGACUUAUCAAAACAAAUUGACUAACCUUUUUACCACUAGUAAAUACACCAUUUUCUCCAUCCUUAUUCCAUCAAUCUUUCUUGUUAUUGCCCUUCGAUAUUUAUUUUCUCAAGUGUAAACAUCAUGUAGGCUCUAUGAUAAUUAUUAAUUUUUGUCUUUCUCCUCACCAUGCUAUAUAAAUAGAACAUUAAAUUCAAUAAUCUAUAACAUGCUAAAAUUUCCAAACUGUACCGAUAAUACGAUUUGAAACAAACCCACUGUUAUUAUUACCAUUAUUACUAUAGUUAUUAUUCUUAUUUUGUACUUUGCACAUUUUUGACUUUAUUCUUACCGUAACUGUGGACAAAUUGCUGUGGUUAAUUUUGUUUAUAUUUUGUGUAAAUUAGAUGCAAUAUAGUGACAAAUGCUCAGAAUUCCAUUCUGUAUUAUAAGCACUGGUUUUGGAAUAAAGUAGAUUAUUACCAUUAUUAUUAUUAUUAAUAUGUAAAACAAUACGCUUACCAUAGAAGUUGCAUGUCACUUUUGCGAGAUUAAUUACGAAAUAUCCCCAUACAAUAUAGUAAGUUCAGACCUUGAUUAAUACCCGGAAGUCUGACGAUCAGUCUGCAAGUUUAAAGGUCAACAAAGACACUUUGGCAGCGUUUUUAUUUUGUUGUAUCACGUAUAUAGAAUCAUGAUAACUUUCAAAAUCCCCACACGGUGCAUUCUAUUGUACAUAUAUUUCAAUCACAUAUUUAAGUUAACUUAUGUACAUAGAUGCAAUUGCAUAUCUGUUGGGAAUGAAGUUACCGGAAAGAUAUCUUUACUGAGCUUCUUUUUCCUCUCUAAUGUCGUGAUAGUGCCUCGGCGUCACACCUGUAGAAUGCUCACCAACCACGCCACAUGUGGUUCGGGGUUCAAUCCCCGGCCGAUGCAAUCGUUUAACUUGCUAAGACUGGUAAAGAAGGAAGGUUACAUAUGAGGCUAGCAACCUCAUUCCCGUAAAAAUAAAUGCCACUGCUAGUGAAACUUGAAAGUUCUAGCUUGAAGUCCCCUAUGCUCCACUGGGAACGUAAAGGAGUAAAAAAUGUCGUGAUAGGUAUUUUCUACGAUAUUUCAAUUAAUUUUUCUCUGAUAGUCAUCAAUCUGUUUUCCUUUUAGAUUUAAUUUAUGGCUGAUCGUAGUCGUUUUGAAAUUUUGGAAGAAAACAUUGAAUGUAUCAUUGAUCAUUGCAGAGAGGCGGGUAUUGUUGUGUGUGAUUACCAACCGAGUAUUUCAUUUCAAAAGAAGAUAAACGAUUUAGUUUACAAGUUACAGGAUGUCGACCGAAUGCAAGUGGACAUGCAAGAUGUACACGUUCCAAUCGAGUUAUUUUCUAAAAUUGAUUCUGGUCAAAAUCCUCAAUUGUAUACACGAGAGUGUAUGGAACAAGCAUUAGCUAAGAAUGAAGCAGUUCGUGGAAAGUUGGAUAGUCUUCGUCGUUUCCGAGCUCUACUUAUGUAUGAACUGUGUCGUACUUUUCCAAAUGAAAUGGCUAAAUAUCGUGCUGUACGUGGUGAUCCCGACGCACCAGUAGUCGUUGGGCCUACAAUGUCCAGUAACACUCAGUCAAAUGGAUCGGGCACUGAAACUGGUCCUGAGUCUGUCCCACUUCGCAGUCAAACCAGCACUCACCACGGUAGUAGUAGUAGUAGUAGUAGUAGUAGUAGUAGUAGUAGUAGUAGUAGUAGUAGUAGUAGUAGUAGUAGUAGUAGUAGUAGUAGUAGUAGUAGUAGUAGUAGUAGUAGUAGUAGUAGUAGUAGUAGUAGUAGUAGUAGUAGUAGUAGUAGUAGUAGUAGUAGUAGUAGUAGUAGUAGUAGUAGUAGUAGUAGUAGUAGUAGUAGUAGUAGUAGUAGUAGUAGUAGUAGUAGUAGUAGUAGUAGUAGUAGUAGUAGUAGUAGUAGCAGUAGUAGUAGUAGUAGUAGUAGUAGUAGUAGUAGUAGUAGUAGUAGUAGUAGUAGUAGUAGUAGUAGUAGUAGUAGUAGUAGUAGUAGUAGUAGUAGUAGUAGUAGUAGUAGUAGUAGUAGUAGUAGUAGUAGUAGUAGUAGUAGUAGUAGUAGUAGUAGUAGUAGUAGUAGUAGUAGUAGUAGUAGUAGUAGUAGUAGUAGUAGUAGUAGUAGUAGUAGUAGUAGUAGUAGUAGUAGUAGUAGUAGUAGUAGUAGUAGUAGUAGUAGUAGUAGUAGUAGUAGUAGUAGUAGUAGUAGUAGUAGUAGUAGUAGUAGUAGUAGUAGUGUAACAACAGAAGACAAGGGCCAGGCAACAGAUCGUUUUAUUAUGAAAAUCAACACUAGUAGUAGUAGUAGUAGUAGUAGUAGUAGUAGUAGUAGUAGUAGUAGUAGUAGUAGUAGUAGUAGUAGUAGUAGUAGUAGUAGUAGUAGUAGUAGUAGUAGUAGUAGUAGUAGUAGUAGUAGUAGUAGUAGUAGUAGUAGUAGUAGUAGUAGUAGUAGUAGUAGUAGUAGUAGUAGUAGUAGUAGUAGUAGUAGUAGUAGUAGUAGUAGUAGUAGUAGUAGUAGUAGUAGUAGUAGUAGUAGUAGUAGUAGUAGUAGUAGUAGUAGUAGUAGUAGUAGUAGUAGUAGUAGUAGUAGUAGUAGUAGUAGUAGUAGUAGUAGUAGUAGUAGUAGUAGUAGUAGUAGUAGUAGUAGUAGUAGUAGUAGUAGUAGUAGUAGUAGUAGUAGUAGUAGUAGUAGUAGUAGUAGUAGUAGUAGUAGUAGUAGUAGUAGUAGUAGUAGUAGUAGUAGUAGUAGUAGUAGUAGUAGUAGUGUAACAACAGAAGACAAGGGCCAGGCAACAGAUCGUUUUAUUAUGAAAAUCAACACUAGUAGUAGUAGUAGUAGUAGUAGUAGUAGUAGUAGUAGUAGUAGUAGUAGUAGUAGUAGUAGUAGUAGUAGUAGUAGUAGUAGUAGUAGUAGUAGUAGUAGUAGUAGUAGUAGUAGUAGUAGUAGUAGUAGUAGUAGUAGUAGUAGUAGUAGUAGUAGUAGUAGUAGUAGUAGUAGUAGUAGUAGUAGUAGUAGUAGUAGUAGUAGUAGUAGUAGUAGUAGUAGUAGUAGUAGUAGUAGUAGUAGUAGUAGUAGUAGUAGUAGUAGUAGUAGUAGUAGUAGUAGUAGUAGUAGUAGUAGUAGUAGUAGUAGUAGUAGUAGUAGUAGUAGUAGUAGUAGUAGUAGUAGUAGUAGUAGUAGUAGUAGUAGUAGUAGUAGUAGUAGUAGUGUAACAACAGAAGACAAGGGCCAGGCAACAGAUCGUUUUAUUAUGAAAAUCAACACGUAG